AAACAGCUUAUAAAUAAAAUAAUCACUCCAUGGCAAGGUAGGAUGUCAAGUUUUCAGAAGCAAUCCACUGAAAAUUUUCAUGAACAGGCACAGAGCAGACAAGUUAGAAACGGAAAAAAAAUUCGGUAUGUUAAAUCCCCAAGUUAUAUUCCUUCUUUUGAGCAAAAGUUUGAAAAUGUAAACCUUCUGGACAACAGCAGUUCUUGUGAUUACAGAAGUAGAAAGGGUUUCACUUCGUGCUGCCAAUACUUGCAUCGUUCUAAAUUUGGAAUGAUAUUGAUUUGUGUAGCAAUGUUUAUGAUGGGGGUCGUGGUUGGUUUCAUUCCAUUCAUUAAAGUUUACGUCGAUUCAUGUCAAGAUGAUCGCCGCAUUCUUCAAAAGAUGGUUAACUUCUUUGAUACUAACAACGGAUCAUUUUCAAAGGGGCACAUGUCUUCAGAGCCAACAAUUUAUAUAGGGCAUGCUAAGGGAAACAAUGAUAUUGUGCUUGAAUGUUCGGGAGAAAUUGAAAUACAAGAAAUUGAGUAUUCUGGUAUUGCAUCUAGUAAAGAAUCAAAAGAGAAAGUGUCUGAAUAUUGUAAAGAACACUUACAAAAAGCAUUUAAUAAUGUCAGGUGUGUCGUAAGUUUGAAGAAAGUGUAUCAAGCUCCUUACGACGAAGAGUCUUUCACGCAAAUUUCUUAUACGUGCAAAUUACCGACAAACCUUUAAAUAAAAGUAAUAUAUAUUUAACAAACCCACGAUUAACUUUAUUUGUGAAUUAAUAUAUAAACCACGCUAAAACUAUCGGUUCGGUAAAAACUCCUUAUUAAAAACUAGUGAUUUAAGCAGUUUACGCGCGAAUAUGAUUGGUAAAGUGCGAAUAUGAUUGGUAAAGUGCGAAUAUGAUUGGUAAAGUGCGAAUAUGAUUGGUAAAGUGCAAAUAUGAUUGGCAAAGUGCGAAUGUGAUUGGUAAAGUAUAAAGGUUUGAAUGUAUAUAAGUAUAUGAGUUUAAGUCUGUAAAUUAUAUGAUGAAAUGUUUUUUAAACUCCACAAAUUUUUAUAAAGAAAUGUUAUAAAAAAGAACAAAA